AUGGUAUCACUAUUCGGCUGGGGCUCAAGCCCAAAACCCGAGACUCCCCAACCAACACCUCAAGACAAGGCGACACCCGAUCAACCCGCCAACCCAUCACCACCAGCCCAAACACAAGUAGCGCAACCACCGCCGCAAACAAACACAAACCUCAAACUUUUCUUCGGAGGAAUGACGUUCUUCGCGCUGUCGGUAUUAAUCACACGCCGCUCCUUCAAUAAGAAACGCAUCGCGUGCAUCCCGCCUUUCCACACAAGCUCGGUGUACCACCAGCCGCACGCGAACUCCGCGGGCGACGCAUUCGAGGCUCUGAAUUUGGCUACGCUCAAUGUGAUCUCGUUUGGGUUGAUGGCGGGCGGUGCGGUCGGGUAUGCUUUGAAUAUUAAUGGGCUGGAGGAUAUGCGGAGAUUCGUGCGGAACGGGUUGCAGGGUGGUAGUGAUACGCCUGUGAAGAGUGAUGAGGAGCUUGAGAAGGACGUCACUGAGUGGGUUGCUAAGAUCCUCGGUGAUAAGUUUGAGAAGCAGUUGGAGAAGGAGAAGAUGAAGAGGGCGUUCCGUGAGAACCAGGAUACGAAAGAGAACUGA